CAUUUUCCGAAAGUUAAGCAGUUUGAAUCGACAGUAUAUACACGAUCAUUGGCAGAAUGGAAAAGAUCGAGGCGGAGACCGAGUGGCUGCGAUCUACAAUUCUUCCAAAAAUUGUAGAAAGCGGACGACUGGUGGAAAACUACAGCGAUUCCAAGGCAAACACCUUUAAAGUGGGAGACAUCGAGAUUGAUGUGAUCGGACAUAAGGAGGCCUUUAUGCUCACCUUUUGCUACCGAGCCAUCAUCAACUUUGAAUACGACGGAGAAAAGUUCAAGCAAAAAAUGGUCGUUAAGAAAACCCAUGAAAUGCCCCCAGAAAUGUAUGACGCCGUCCAGUUUGGACCACUCUUCAGCAACGAGAUAAACUUCUACACGGAAAUUCUCCCCGAGAUUCAGAAGCUGGCUGGGGGAAAGUUCGCCGCUCCAAAGUAUUAUUACAGCGAGUUGAAUCGGUAUUCAGCGGUGGUUAUCCUAGAGAAUUUCGCAGAGCACAGUUGGCGGGUGACUAAGGAUCGGGUAGGCCUAAGCCUGGAACAUGCCCUGAUUGCUGUGGAUUACCUGGGAAAGUUCCAUGGUUUUGCCUACGCCAUGAAGCAUAGAAAUCCUGAGAAGUUCGGCCAACUGAUUGACAGUCUGAAGGAAUCCCGCUAUGCCAGCGACUUUAUUCAUCCGGAAUGGAUGCUCACAAUGAAGACGAGCAUCAAGCGGGCAGCCAAGGCUGUGGCGACCUUCCAACCCCAGAUUGACGGAGAGUUCGUAAAGAAGUUAUCCUUCCUAAUUGGCGAUUACAACAUUUACGGAAGGCAACGGGUGGCGCCCAGAGAACCAUUAGCGACACUUUGUCACGGAGAUUAUGUCAGGAAUAACGUGGCAUACAAAUAUAAUGACAAGGAGGAACCGCAGGAGAUUAUGAUGUUCGACUACCAGACUUUACGAGUCUCCUCUCCCAUGAUCGAUCUCUCAGUUUUCCUGGCUGUGUCUAUUUAUGCCGAUGUACGAUAUCCUAACUUCGAUGCAAUCUUUGAUGAAUACUGUUCUGCAUUAUAUGAUAGCUAUAGGAAGCACGCCCAGGCGGAUGUUCCAGAGAGCAUGAGUCGUUUGGAGCUUCUGAAGGAGUAUGUGCGAUUCCUGCCGUAUAGUGUGUCCAUAUCGGCCAGUUUCCUUAUGACUUUAGUGCAGCCCUUGGAUAUUUCGCCGGAGGAGAUGUUUGCAAAUCAGAUGACGGAUGAGGAGAUCAUAGAUCGGACCAUGAAUCAGGGCGGGGAUAUAGUUGAUAAGGAGGUUGCCCACCAGGUUAAGGAAAUGCUUGAGCUUAGCCAACUCACUGGGGUCUCCAUAGAUGAUGGCAUUGAUGUAGACAAGUUGCCCAAAGACUAAUCAUUUCCAAAGUGCAAUCGGUAGAUAAUAAAAUAAAUCAAACAUGA